AUUACUAUAUAAGCAGCCUGUUCGAGCGUUAUCAGUAUCAGAAAAUAUCGCUAACGAUUCAGUGACAAGUGAAAAAAGAAGACGCUCCGUUCGAUUUUCAAAAUGUCGCAGAAACUGAUAAUUUUGGCUCUUUUUAUCGCUAUAAUCUACUGCACUUCCGCUUUUCCCCAGGGAUCCGCGUGCGGUCCUAACCAAAUAUUUGACACCUGCGGAUCCGUCUGCCAGCCAAGCUGCAAAAAUCCUUCUCCAGAUGUCUGCGUUUUGAAAUGUACUGUUGGAUGCCGAUGCAAAGAAGGAUUCGUUGAAAGUGAUGACGGAAAUUGUGUUUUGACCAAAGAUUGUAGUUAGAACUGAAAUGGAAAAAUUUUAUUAUAACUUUAAGAAAGAUGUGAAGAUAUUUUCUUAAAGACUUAAUGAGGAAUCUCUGUAUUUAUUUUUUAGUGAUAUCCUCUAAAUAAAUCACAAAGUUUAUUGUAUAUUACAUCAUUCACGGAAGUCUAGAUUAAGCCACUUUUAUUUAAUAAAAGAAAAUAUCUUAAAUAUAAAACAUAUUCUUUUUUAUUAUAAAUACAUGCUUGAUUUACAUUAGUGAAUCAUAUAAUUGAUUUAAUUCUAGUUUUAUAUGUAGAAUACGAAUCGUUUCUUUAUCUAAGAAUGUGUCACAAAUGUAUCUUCAGGUGUGAUCAGGUAUACAUAAUAAAUAUACAUUAUUUUAUCUCGA